AUGGAUAUUACAAAAUCUCCAGGAUACAAAGAUUUUUUGUGGGCUGUUAAUCUACAUCGUUUUGGAUUCGAAAUGGUGGGCUUAUGGCCUAAACUCAACAAAUGCACUGAGAAAAGUUUGUGGUCCGAAAUUUGGGUCGGCAUCAUUUUUAUUUUAUUAAUAUUUAUUUCUAAUGUUCCGAUGAUAUAUGCGGUUAUAGAAGUUUGGGGUAAUAUGGUACAUGUAAUAGAUAAUUUACAUACAACGUUACCGCAACUGAUAGUAUCAGUAAAAUACAUCAUUAUGCUUCGGAAACAAACGGUUGUACUGUCAAUUGUAAAUAUGAUGGCGGAAGAUUGGAUAGCAUUUAAACAAGAUAAAGAAAGAAAUGUGAUGAUAAAACAAGCACAAAUAGCACGAUUAAUUAUGAUAAUUGGAUAUGUUUUGAUGGGAAUAGCGGUUCUCGCAAUAAUCAUUCCACCUUGUUUUGGCAUUCCACUAAUAUACGUAGUAACGAAUUUCACGAGUGCGAAUAAACCGUUACCGUUGAAGAGUUAUCAUUUUUACAAUACAGAUAAAAGUCCGCAAUUUGAAUUGACAUUUUUUAUUCAUAGCUUUACAACCUUCUUAGCAGCUAUCAUUUACAUAUGUGUAGAUAUUUUUCUAAUUUUAAUAAUUCUUCACAUUUGUGGCCAAUUAGAAAACUUUAGAUGUCGAUUAACUGAUUUGAUUUCAUGCAAAAAUUUCAAUGAAGUUUUGAACAACAUCAUAGAAACCCAUUUACGUCUUAUCAGAUUUGUCGACAAUAUCGAAAAUACGUAUUCUGUAAUGAUGUUAGCAUUGAUAUUUCAUUUUGUUAUUGUAUUUUGCCUGAGCGGUUUUUUAUUUACUAUUAUAUUUACAGACAAAAAUGCAGAUAAAGCUGAUAUCAUGCAAGGAUAUUUGUCACUAUUAUUUCUUGUUGUUUUAUUGGUGAAUACUGUUCUCUAUUGUGGAGCAGGAGAACUUGUAACAGAGCAAAGCAAUGCUGUAUAUCGUGCAAUGUGCGAUCUUGAAUGGUACAAGUUGGAAUCAAAUAAGGCAAGAAAUCUUAUUUUGUUAAUGAUUCGAUCUAAAUAUCCUUUUUAUAUCACUGCAGGAAAGAUUUUUCCACUCACAAUGGGUACUUUUUGCAAUAUAUUAAAAUCAUCAAUCGGCUAUAUAUCAAUCCUAUUGACAGAACAUAGCUGA